CAUUGGGGUGGUGUGUGACAAUGCUUCUUCUCUGCGCUUCUUCCUUCUCUUCUCCACCUCACAACCUCUUCACUCCUCUCUUCUCUUCUUCUUCUUCUUCUUCUUCUUCUUCAACCUCACAUUCUCUCAGAAACCCCUUACUCCCAUUCAAGCUCACUACUUUCACCACCACCAGAAUCCAAAGCCUUGCUAAAGAAGAAGCUUCAUCUUCAUCUUCAUCAGAAUUAGGUUAUGAUCCAAAGGCAGGUGUUUCCGUUUACAAGCCCAAAUCAUACGAAGUUCUCGUCACUGAUGCCGCCAAUUCCCUCGCUUUUGCUCUCCAAGACGCCAAAAUUCGCCUCGAGAUCGAUUUCCCGCCCUUGCCCAGCAACAUAAGUUCUUAUAAGGGAUCUUCAGAUGAGUUCAUUGAUGCCAACAUUCAACUCUCAUUGGCUGUUGUGAAAAAGCUCCAGGAGAAACAGGAGACCCGAGCUUGCUUAGUCUUCCCUGAUAAGCCAGAAAAGCGCAGAGCCUCCGAGUUGUUCAAAUCAGCUCUGGAUUCGAUUGAUGGCAUUACCAUUGGUUCCUUAGAUGAUGUCCCUGCUGGACCUAUGACUUCAUUUUUCCGGUCCGUUAGGAACACCCUUGAUUUUGAUUUUGAAGAUGAAAAUGAAGAUCGAUGGAAGUCUAAUGAGCCUCCAUCACUCUACAUAUUCCUUAACUGCAGUACGCGUGAACUUGCAAAUAUUGAGAAGUAUGUGGAAAAAUUUGCGGUGUCUACACCAACACUUCUCUUUAAUCUUGAACUAGACACACUACGUGCCGAUUUAGGCCUUUUGGGCUUCCCUCCCAAAGAUUUGCAUUACCGCUUCCUUUCACAAUUUACUCCGGUAUUCUACAUUAGAAUCAGAGAGUAUUCAAAGACAGUUGCAAUAGCACCUUAUAUUGUCAAUUACAGUGGAGCAGUGUUCCGCCAGUAUCCAGGUCCUUGGCAGGUGAUGCUUAAGCAAGCAGAUGGUUCUUACGCUUGCAUAGCAGAAAGCGCAACCCGCUUCACCCUUGGUGAAGCCAAAGAAGAGUUGUUGAGAGUCUUGGGACUUCAAGAAGAGGAGGGAAGCUCUCUAGAAUUUCUUCGAAGAGGCUACAAGGCAAGCACAUGGUGGGAAGAAGAUUUUGAUUUGGAAGCAUCUUCUGCAUGGAGGAGCUGAUCACUACACUGUAAAACUACUAUAAGAGAUUCUCUCUCUUUUUUUUGUUUUUAAUUUAAAUGUAAGUUUUAUGUAAUAUUCCCAAUUUUCUGUUCAGUUCGAAUCCAAUGUGACCCAUUUGUGGCAUUUAUAGUUGAAUUGUUGCAAACAAAUAUCAGAUGGAAUUUCCAAACCCAAUUGUAACAAAUCAAAUUGUGGGAAUCCACCAAAGUAUACCAGCAAUUAGUUUGAUAAAAGGUUAAAGAAACCCAUCAUAUCCCCGAAAA